AUGGAGCUUAAUCUGGACAAACAUGAGAAGGAGGACGUUGAGACUAUUCCAGGAUACCUCUCACUUCAUCAGUCUGCAGAACAUUUAACUCUGAAGUGGACCCCAAACCAGCUCAUGAAUGGGACUCUGGGAGAUUCAGAGCUUGAAAAGAGUGUCUACUGGGAUUACGCUUUAACUGUACCAUUAAGUCAGAUAGUCUGCAUCCAUUGCCACCAACAGCCUGACAGUGGAGGUACUCUUGUGUUGGUCAGUCAGGAUGGAAUCCAAAGACCUCCACUUCACUUCCCCCAGGGUGGUCACUUGUUAGCCUUUCUCUCCUGCCUUGAAAAUGGACUGUUACCACGAGGACAGCUUGAUCCCCCACUUUGGUCACAGCGAGGAAAGGGCAAGGUAUUUCCGAAACUACGGAAAAGAAACAGCAGAGCCAAAUCCAUGGAUCCAGAAGAACAGCCAGAUGAAGAAAUAACUACAGAUUAUGUAUUCAGAAUAAUUUAUCCUGGACAGAAGAAUGACUAUGAUCCUAGUGAAUUGUUGGAAAUACAUGGAUACAGCACAGCUCAUUUUCCUUGGCAGUUGGGAGAUCUGUGUAGCCAAGGGUCCUCUUGUUUAUCCUGCUCAACCAGUGGUUCUCCCUUUGACAUGCCCAGCUGCUGCAGCUGUGGAAAUGACAGGACUCCAUUAAAGAUGCUCUGUGAGAACAUGAAGAGGCAAAUUGUUUCAAGGGCAUUUUAUGGAUGGCUAGCAUACUGCCGACACCUCUCUACAGUCCGCACACACCUAUCAGCCCUUGUGAAUCACACCAUCAUUCCUCCUGACAAACCAUGUGAAGCCGCAGGCGGACUGACUGGAGAAGUUUGGAAUAAGUAUGAGAAAGAUAGGAAGAAUUACAAAAAAUUGGAACUGCUGAGACUGGUUUAUUAUGGAGGAGUCCAGCAUGAGAUAAGGAAAGAUGUUUGGCCGUUCCUCCUUGGACAUUACAAGUUUGGCAUGAGUAAACAGGACAUGGACCAGGUGGAUGAAGAUAUCGCUGCCAAGUACAGAAGUGUAACAGCAGAAUGGAAGGCCUGUGAGUUGGUCGUCAAGCGAAGAGACAGGGAAACGCAUUCAGCAAUCUUGGCCAAAUUUUCAUCGGGUAGCAGCAUAGAUAGUCAUGUACAACGUCUGAUUCAUCAAGAUUCCAGCAUCAGCAAUGAUGUCUUCAUUUCUGUUGAUGAAGUGGACCAGGGAGAAAAAGCCUUUAAAUUGGUGGAUGAUGUAAUGACAACAGUAGUAAACAUUGACACCCCAACUGCAGUAGUUGAAGAGAGACCAUCAAUGGAGUUUGACUCUCCUGAUUCUGGACUGCCUUCAUCAAGGAAUUAUUCCGUCACAUCAGGACACUCCCGAAUCCUUUCAAGUACUGAUGAUCAAAGUUUGUGCAUGGAAGAAGGUGUAUUGGGAGAAGAAGAUAACACUGAGUUACACAGGGUUGAAGAACAGACGCCCAGUGCAAGUGAAUCUGGUUCCAGAAGAAAAAAUGUCCUGCAAAAGGCUGAAGCUCAGGACUCGUUGUCAGAGGAACAGCUGUGCACUCAGUUAGAUUUAAUAAUGAAUGAGGAGAGCAGCUCAUCUUUCCCGUCUACAACGUACACGACAGAACUGAUGGAUGCUGUAUCAUUAAAUUGGCACCGGAUUGAUAAGGAUGUACAGCGUUGUGAUAGAAAUUACUGGUAUUUUACUGCAAUUAACCUAGAAAGACUGAAGACUGUAAUGUGCAGUUAUGUAUGGGAACACUUGGAUGUGGGCUAUGUUCAGGGAAUGUGUGAUCUCUUGGCACCACUAAUGGUUAUUCUGGACAGUGAGUCCCUGGCAUAUAGCUGCUUUACUCAGCUAAUGAAGCGAAUGAAUCAGAAUUUCCCAAACGGUGGUGCAAUGGAUACUCACUUUGCCAACAUGAGAUCCUUAAUACAGAUUUUGGAUUCUGAACUGUUUGAGCUAAUGCACCAGAAUGGAGAUUACACCCACUUCUACUUCUGUUAUCGUUGGUUCUUGUUGGAUUUCAAAAGAGAACUCUUGUACGAAGAUGUCUUUGCAGUGUGGGAGGUUAUCUGGGCAGCAAAGUAUAUCUCUUCAGAGUACUUUGUCCUUUUCAUUGCCUUGGCUCUGGUGGAAGUUUACCGUGAAAUCAUUCGUGAUAACAACAUGGACUUCACAGACAUUAUAAAGUUUUUCAACGAAAUGGCGGAGCGUCAUGACGCCCAGCAGAUCCUGAGGAUUGCACGUGAGCUGGUCUACAAGGUGCAGACACUGAUAGAGAACAAGUGAUGGAACUAAGAGAGAGCAGGAAAUAGAUGCAGAUACUCAGCUUCCUCCUAGCAAGCUUGAGUGGGGAAUCUUCCUCCACCACCCAGAUGCCCUUCACCCCAACCUCUCUCCCUCUUCCCCCUGCAGCAGCUCCAGUUUCCCUGCACUUGAAAAAUGAUGGUUAAGGAGAACGAGUUGGUCAUAUCUUCCCUACUUCAGAGGAUGUCAUGCACCGAAUUGAAAAUGCAAAUCGAGACCAGGAAAAAGUUGCAAUUUUAUCCCUGACUAGGUUAGAGAUCCUUUAACUUAGUGUAUAAAAUCACAUUUUCCUUUAAGUUUCUUUUCUGUCUUUGCCCACUCUUCAUUGUGAGUAUGUUUAAUUUCCUUAUUUAUUUUUUUUUUUAAAACUCAGUGAGUGCCUAAAUAUUAAAUUUGUGGCAAAAAAAACCCCUUUCACUGUCCACAUUAUAUUCUUGUACCCUCAGACUGACAGACGGGUAUAUCUUAAACACUAAACUGGGAAUAAGUGGGGAUUUUCCCCCAGAUUUUGCAUUUGUGAAUUCACAGUGUUUUUUAACUUCUGCAGACUGCUUGGAUUUGGAUGGACUGGUGUAUAUUUGGAAUACUUUUCAAUUCAGAUCAAUCCAAUCUUAUGGACUAUUUUAGCAUGUUUACACCAAAAUAAGAUAUAUUGUAUUUUAAUUUUAUGAAGAAUGUUGCCAAUGAUUCGAUGUUCUAUGGUUCUGUGUGUUUGUGUAAUUCUGAAUGCUCCCAAUAUAUUGGGAAAUAAUUUCCAUGUGUCAUACAAUAUUUGCUAUCUCUUCUUGAGGGCAUUUCAUGAUUCACUCUUAGUACAUCCAUCAGUGAAUCUGGGUUGAGUGGAAUCAAUUUUUGUAUUUGCAGGUAACCAAACUUUUUGAGAUCCAGCAAAAGUCAUGUUUGCCGGUCAGUUCUCUCCAGGCUGCCAGUUAAUUGCAUCCCUGUAAUAUUUUCCAAUGGUUUGGAUCACCAUUGGGAAAUCUGGGCUAUGGACCUCCUCAGCCGCAUGCAGCAGCACUCACUUUAUGGUCAGUCACUGGGAUUUAAACAAGCACGGGGGUUUGUCGUCUCCUUCCCGUCACAUUAAAGUGCCUCAUCUUUGAGUGAAUUGCUUUCCAGUGGUCCAACUAGUUAAAAAGGCAGGAGAUCCUGUAAUCCUAACUUAAUGACUUUGUAGUUUAUCAUCAAAAAAAUCAACUGCAAGGCCCUGGAGUACAAGGCUGGAUGAUUCUUGAAUGAACCUGCAUGUAUCAGAAAUGUGUGAUUGUAUAUUUUUGUUUCUGCACUGAGGUGCUUUUCUCCUUGCCAUCUUGUUCUCCCUUUUCCCUUAUUCCUGAAGACACUGUCUCCUUAUUCACAUGGUUUCAAAGGUUCUGACUCUCUGUUGAAUACCUCUCGUUUUGUCCAUUAUUUAUGUGUGAACCCUAAAAAGUUGCUAAUUAUUUAGUUUUUGGGUUGCGUAGGGGCUGUCACAGCCAGAUCCAAUCUCACCCUGACAUGAUGUUCAUUCAUGGCUACACAAGUCACAGGAGAUAUCAAGAACAGCCAAUUUUUCUACCUUUUCCUAAUCUGACAAUGCUGAGGUCUCUUGUUCCAUCCCUACCUCCUUCGGCACAUUGAGCAUAGAUCAGGGAUAGAGUGGACUUUCCUGGUCUAGAAAGGCAAACCAUUCCCUAGAUGAACUCACUGAGCCAUCAUUUAAUAAGGCAUGGCAACCCCAUUGCAUUGACAGUCUCCUUGCAACACAAUUUGAAACCUCUUGUACAGAAAAUGAGAAGAAAACCUUCCAUCAUUUUUCUCUUCCUAAACAUCAAAGAGAGAGCAUCUAUUGCAUUCUCACUCUCGGUGGCUCAACUGGUAACUGCAUAAUAAUAGGUUAUUAACCUGGGACCAAGCAACCAAAUAGAAACUGUCACCAAUUACUGUGCAGGAAUCAGUUGCCACCUGGUGUGCCGUUGUGAUAAUCAUAAAACAUUAAAUGUAAAUAGAUUGCAACAAAACAUUGACAAAAUGUGCAGUUAUCCAAAAAACAAUGCAUGUCCUGUAAUUUGUGCCUGUAGUUAGCAUCAGUUUUAAUGAGACUGCAUUAACUGUAGGAUUCGUGCAAAACUACAGUCUGAAUAGUCCAACAGAAAGAAUGGGCAGUGAGUGCAGUUUCUCACUUUUCCUCUAAUUUGUUUCUUUUUUGCCCCUUGCUGCUUAUUCUGUUUUAUUUGGAAUGUAUAAUAAAUUUCAUGUUCCCACCUUUAGGCAAUGCCCCACUCUUUGGGCAAGAUGCUGUGCCAAAAUUAACACUUGACUUCUUAGACUUCGAAUUGAGACGUUUUGAAAAUCAACUAUUAACAUGCAUAAUAGGUAGGGUUUUCUCUCCAUGCUGACCAUCUUGUUUUUUUUAAUAUUCAGUAUUACUGAUCACACUGAAGGGGUAAGACUCUGAACUGCUAUGUAAAUAACCAAUUUCAGUGACUUACAGUUUCCUGUAACACAAGCAUGAGGCCUUUUCGAUUUCAUGGCUGACCUAUGUCACGUACUAAUUUUUUUAUCAUUUAGAGUUUGUCUUAGUUUACAAUCAUCCCAUGACUUUGUCAACAAUAAGUUAUAGGCUGCAUCCAUGCAGGGGGUGAGAUGAAUGCAACAUGGCCAUUCAAAAUAUUUUGGCAAAAUAUUUUUGAACCUGUCCAGAAACAAUUAUCUGUUUUUAGUAAUUGGAUCAAAUUUGCCAAGGACUUUCUGUGUGGCUAUGUGAUAGACACGUGACUUUUAUAUCAAUACAUUUGAGAGGGGAGUAAAUAAAAUCUGUUGUAUUUUUGCAAAAUUAAAUGCCAAGUAUAAAUUUUUUAUCACACUCAUUUUGACACUGUGUUUUCACCUUGAAUUAGCCUCUGUCUCUGUCUAAAAUCUACCUCAGCUAGUUGUGAUUGUGAUAAAUUCCUUGCUGUAAACAAAGCACUUUUUCAAGCAGUCAGCAUUCACACACUCAGAGAAUGUGUAUCCUUUUCUCCUCUUCAAUUUACUUAAAUAUUCCCUUUCUCACCUGGGCAUGGUUGUAUUUAGAAACAGAAAACUCCUAUCUUGCAUUCCUACAUGGUCUUUGAAGUGUGGAGGAUUUCUUCCCCCUGUUGUCCUACUCUUUCUUAAAAAAAAAAGUUCAUUGACCUACCAGUAUAACUUCUGUAGAAAAUCAGCCUCAGAAAAUAAGCAUAGAUACCUGUUUUUCCAGGAUGUUUGAUAAUAUUCUGAAGUUGGAACAUUGAUGAAUUAAAGCGUUACAGUGCACUAAUUUCCUUGCAUGUCGUAGCACACUGAGACCGCUUGUAGCUGUUCAUUUGCAUCCUAUGAGUGGGAACAUUUAUUAUGAAUACAUUUAUUGGAGACCAGGAUAAUUUCCCAGCCCUCUUGCAGAAUUUAGUUGAAGGCGGAAACUGGGUAAAGGUGCUGGUUUGUAAUAAUAACUUUGUAGGGAGUUCUACAUUAAUGUUUGGGAUGAGGAGAGGGUAGAAGGGUGUAAAAUUGUCAUUUUUGCUCAACUUUUCCAGUGAGGACUAGAGUAGAAUCCAACUGACACUUGAUUAAAGAUAUAGGGGCAGCAAUUUUUGAAAAGUGCUUUUUGAACAUUUUUUAUCCCAUUGCUGCUGAUUAUUUUAUUGAGAAGUUCACUGGUGAUUUGGUCAAAUUGGACAUCAUAAUCAAGGAGCAAAGAGAAAAUCCUGUAUAUUAUCCAAAGUUGGUUUUAAGAGCCUGUCAUUUGUAGACUGAAUAGAAGAACUGAAGGAGAUCAGGUGUUUCGCGACUUGGCAAAGAAUGAGUUAGAAUUGAAGGCAGUUUGAUGUAAAAUGCAGAUUCCUACGUUCUAUUUCCCCUGGAAUUUUAUGCUCCAUAAUUAACAUUCCACAUUAUACAGUAAGAAACACUAAACUUGACAAAAUAUAUGAAAUAGUUUCUGUAUAGCUUUGGAGAAUAUCUGAAAGCUGUAAUAUAUCGGGCUGGUGAUAUCUGACAAUAUGAAGACAGUAUUUUGUCAGGCGAAGAGUGUCAAGGAGCAAAAGUGUGUAAAUGCCAUUGAGGUGCCAAUCGGCCCCAAUAAAACUGAAUAACAGUGCAGGCUGGAAAGCUUGAAUGGCUCACUUCUAAUAUAAUCAUAUUUUAAUAAGCAGGUUUAUAAUUGGAUGCUAAAUGUAAGUAACUAUUUUUUUUAAAAAAAUUAUGAAAUAAUUGCUGAAUACUUUCUCUCAAAAUACAUCAUACAAUGGGCUGUAAAUUAUUUUAUUAAAUGAGCAACAGCUCACUUCUUCGUAAUCAAGUGCAGAAUUUAAAAUGUAGGAUUCUGAAGUUUUGAGGCAUGUGAUUUCUGAAAAUGGUUUUAUUCAGUGAGUUGUUUAGCCCAACAACUUAGAUUUACGUAGCACCUUUCCCAUGGUAAGCAAAGUCAAGGUACUUCAUUAGAGAAGAAAGCACAAGUGUCUUCUUGCUUAUCAUUGAGAAAUUUCACCGUGCACCUUCAAACUUUUACUGUUUAUGAAAUAUAUAAAUGCUUGGCUUCUGCUUUAAACCUUGUUGAAGCAAUGAUUGUGUUCUAUGAUUAAACUUCAUGUAAGAUUCUGUUGUAGGUUCUGUACAUAUUUAACUUGUAAAGUGUUACUCUGCUCUAUUUAUUGUAUUCUGUUUGUGUUCUGUUGCAAACAGCUGACUCUGUUCUAAAGUUAUUAAGGAUUUCUUUCAAUUUGUGGCUGUCAACUAAGAAGAGUUAGAACUCUCACACUAGCUUUCUCCCUCAAAAAAGCUUUUUCAUUUCAAAUUAAGAAAUACGCUCUGAGCAUAAUUCCAUACUUUAUUACAUUCCAAGUGGAGAAACCGUUUCAAAGUUCUGCAUGUUCUAUUACACUGGGUAAUACUUUCAGACAGUAAACUCCACUCUGCAGGGUCCUGGAUUAGGAGGGUGGGUGACGUUUCAGAAAUGGAGUUGCCACUGGUUAAUGACUGUAUGGUCAGAGUGGUGAUGGACAGUUUGGCCUUGUGGAAUGGUAACCCUAGUUAGCAUCUUCAGAAUGGAAGAGGAAAGUGUUGAGGAGGGAGUGGUGUGAACAAGAAAACCCCACCACUGAAUUUGCAGUCAGUCCUAGUUGGUACCUCCAGUAGAUAUUGAACAUUCAGCAACAGGGACUUAUAACUGAGCAGAUUGUUGUAUCGUCAUCAGUGUCUGAUACAGCUCACUCUGGGACUUUGCAUUGUCUGACAUAGAAAGCUGUGGCUGAGCCUUUUCUGAUAACUAUUUCAUCAGCAUUUUGAAAGUUUUGUGUUUCACACAACCCGCAAUUGUCAGUACAAUCAAACUACUAAGGACUUUGCUUUCAAGCAUAUGAAAUUUUCAGCAAAAGCCUCAAACAGCAUCCCCCUCUGUCAAGAAUAUUUUGGACCUAGAAGCAUUUUUAUCAAUAAAAUCUAUUUUCUUUAAGCUGUUUCAUAAUUACCCCACCUUAAUUCAGCUUAACCAUAUGAUAAUUAUGAUUAUUUACAAUUAAUGAAGAAUGUUCUGCACUGCAGGACUUGGGAAGGGGAGAAACAAAAGCUAUAGUUCACAGCACCAGUAAUUUUCCAAAGGGCAUAAUUUGCUUUAGGUUUCUAAAUGAAAUAUAUGCUAAGUUUGUUCAAAAAGCCUGGGAAUGACUGUAUUACAUUGCUGUCUGAACAUUACAUAAAAUUGCAUCAUAUUUAUUUGCUAUUUUGAUGGGGGCAUUGGAUAUGUGAGCACUUGUAUGGAAAGGAUCAAUUUGUACGUUGAUGUACACACACUGUAAUUUCUAAGUGAUCAUUUCUUCCCCCAACCUCAACCAAAACACGAAUGUUACAAAUAUAUCUGAAGCUUGCACUGCCUUUGAAUUGUGGUUGGGAUGAUAAACUCUCACAGCAGUGAAUCAAUGUGUGCAACUCUUGUUCACUUGGUACCUAUAUUAUGUUGUACAUGUAUUGCACCUUAAACAUUGUGAUGCGUUAUUUAUUUAUUUUUGGAUUUUUUUUCUGUUAAGAUACGUACUUUGAAUGUAAUGUUGUAUCAAAUAAAUUAUUGUCUUGCAUUA